GUGACAUUCGCUGCGAGGUGUUCCAUGGAAGAAGACGACGGAAUCUGUCAACUUUCUCUGUCGUGAUCACCUGCUGAAAUUUAACAAUGCCGUCCGAAGAGCAAAGCGAGGCCAGUAAGGCAGCUGAUGACGAUGGCCAAAAGCUCAAAGAACUGUUUAAAAAGCUAGAUGUGAACCAAGACGGUCGCAUUGACAUAGACGAUUUGACUAGUGCAUUGGAUACGAUGAAUGUGCCGCAAGUCCCAGAUCAUGCACAGAAGGAAUAUGCUCAGAAAUUGUUCAUGAAAUAUGACAAAGACAAGGAUGGAGAAAUUGACUUCUCUGAGUUUGUCGACUACGUUCGGGAACAUGAACAACAUCUCAAACUCUACUUCAAAAAGAUUGACACAAAUGAAGAUGGUACAAUUGAUACUUCUGAGAUUCAGGAAUCAUUCCGCAAACUUGGUGUUCACAUUGACAGAGCUGAAGCCAAGAAACUGCUCAUGAGAAUGGACAAAGAUGGAACUCUGAAAAUUGACUGGAAUGAAUGGCGGGAGUUCCUGCUGCUGACGCCUGGCCAGAGUCUCAAAGACAUCCUGCACUACUGGAGGCAUUCAUCGAUUAUUGACAUUGGUGAGAACAGCUUGGUGCCUGAUGACUUCACGGAGAAGGAACUGCAGACAGGGAUGUGGUGGCGCCACCUAGUGGCAGGAGGGGCUGCAGGAGCAGUGUCAAGGACAGCAACUGCUCCACUAGAUAGGUUGAAGAUUCUACUACAGGUUCACGGGUCUCGGAAAAACAUCAGUAUAAAGUCUGGCUUCCAACACAUGUUGAAGGAAGGGGGAUACAUGUCUAUGUGGAGGGGCAACGGCAUCAACGUCAUCAAGAUAGCACCUGAAUCAGCGCUCAAGUUCAUGGCAUAUGAACAAAUCAAGACUUGGAUCAAAGGGGAUUCAAACCGUGAUAUAUAUAUGAUCGAGAGACUGCUGUCUGGAUCUGCUGCUGGGGCUAUCUCUCAAACCAUCAUCUACCCCAUGGAGGUCCUGAAGACUCGCCUGGCUUUGAGGAAAACUGGACAGUACAGUGGUGUGUUUGACUGUACCAUGAAGAUCUUCAAACAUGAAGGUGCCAAGGCCUUCUACAAGGGCUACAUCCCUAACUUACUAGGAAUCAUACCAUAUGCUGGAAUAGAUCUUGCUAUUUAUGAGACAUUGAAGAAGACAUACAGUGUAAGGAAUAAGGACAAAGACCCAGGCAUCUUUGUGCUGCUGGCAUGUGGAACUACCAGCAGUACUUGUGGCCAGCUUGCCAGCUACCCCCUGGCCCUGGUCAGGACAAGACUCCAGGCACAGGCUAAGGCAGAUCUGAAGGGCAAGGUGCCAGAUAACAUGACAGGGUUGUUUAGGACUAUUAUACGUGAGGACGGCCCUCGUGGCUUGUAUCGAGGCAUCCUGCCCAACUUCAUGAAGGUGGCGCCCGCUGUCAGCAUCAGUUACGUAGUGUAUGAACAAGUCCGCAAAGCUCUAGGCGUCACCAUGACAUAGGGAAUGACCCAGCAUCUGCAACAUUACUCCAGGACGUCGUCGGUCUUUCUUUCUGCUCAUAGUGUUGGACUUCAUGUCCAUAGUGUCCGACUCUUUGUAUCCAUAGGAAUUCAAAUACACCUCUACGCAACGCGGCACCUCUCUUUCUGCUUGUUACAAGUAGAAUAUGAUGCUCUCCACCCACCAGGUAUUCCUAUGUCGGCUUGGUCAACCCAGUCAGGGUAAAAGAUUUCAGAUACGGCUUCAGGGAUUCGUUUUUCAAAAUGGUGUUUGUGUGUUUGUGUAAGUCUAUUUCUGCUGUCUUUCAACUGCAGAGCAUAGCGAAACUUCAUCAUGUGCCUGCAUGGUGAAUUUGAUGUCACUUUUCAGUUGCAUCAUUCUCCCUGUAUAGAUAUAUUGUAUUAAUUCAUUAAUUUCGAGACUACUCAAAAGAAUUUAAGGACACUGUUCGUUUUCAUUCUUUCAUGGCAUGACAGAUUAAAUAUGGUAAGAUGAAAGAAUCCUAUCUUUUGAGUAGUAUGAAUUAUAACAGUUGUCAUAUUGGGAGGAAUAUGUAUGCCAGGUGUGUGAAAAUGAAAAUGCAGGAUUUGCGUACAAAUAUUGCAAGGAUUAACAGUGCAUGUCUUACAGCUGGGUGUAUAUUGCUGCUGAGAGGGAGAACUAAUGCUCUGGAGUGCUAAACCCUCACAUCUGAGGGGCUGAUACGUCCUCCACUUGUUAUUGUUGACUAUAUUGUUAUGUUUGGAGAAGGAAUCCUAAUGGUUGGAUCUUUACCUACUGUGCACAUGAUAUCUAUCUGUGAUCUAUUUCCUUGAGUGUGAUCUCAAUCUGUGAGGCGUAAGCUUGUUGUCAUCGUAAACAAAACCAUUGACAAAUGUUAUCUCACACUAUUGAACGGUGAACGCAAUCGUCAUGCUCACAAGUCAACUGAUUUUCACAGAUUUUAUAGAGAUGACAUGGGUUGAUCUCAUGAAGCAUCUAAGUUGGAGUGGGGGUAAUGGGGUAGCCUAGUGGUAAAAGCUUUCGCACGUCACACCAAAGACACAGGUUUCGAUUACCCACAUGGGUACAAUGCGUGAAGCCCAUUUCUGGUGUCCCCUGCCAUGAUCUUGCCGGAAUAUUGCUAAAUGCUGCUUAAAUGUAAACUCACUCACUCCAAGUUGGAGGAAAAUGUCACUUGUCCUCAGUUAACCUGUAACAUGUUGACACCAUCCUUACUACAUUUGUUUGUGAUUUCUUUUCUUUUUUUUCCCUUUUGAACAACAUCACUUGAUAUUGUCAUGCUGGACACUUAACUAAAGCUGACAUUAAUAUAUAUGAAAAGAUUAUGAUUCUUCAGUUUGUAAAUAAUUCUUCCUCCAAUAAGAACACCAAUUCUCUUUAAAAGAAAUAAUGAUGCAAAAAUAUUAAUGGUUUGGUGAAAACAUUACCAUAUAUGAAAUGCAGUUGCUGAUUUCAUCCUAAUUCACUGUGUAAAUUAUCACAAAAGGACCUAAGACUGGUAUUGUUUCUAUGACAACAAGUUUGUCUUCACAUAACUGAAUCAGUACCGGUUCAGAUGUGUCUUAUUUUCCAAAACAAAACUCAUGCUGUGAACUAGAUUAGGAUGUUUGUCAUGAAUAUGUGUAAAACAAGAACAAGUGUUGCUUCCAUAAGUGAUGUUUUGUGUCAUCUGAUGUUUAAAAGGAUUUACAUGAAUAUUGUUCCAUAUUUGACACUGUUGUAAAAUUGAUCGUUAACACCUCAGUCUGCUUCUGUGUGGGUACAUUUUCAUCCUUAGGUAUCCAUAGUGAUGGUCGCAGUAGACUUAUAGCAAAAUAAAUCAUUCAUUGUCAACAGAUAACAAGUAUUCAAGGACUUCAUGCACAAAUGUCCUCUUUAUCACCAGUUAAUAUUGCCAUUACACAUUUGGUAUAGGUGACUUUGCCAUACACGAGUAGCCUGGUCAAGGCUUGAUUUAGUGCUUUGUUACUUGCACUGGUGCAACCCAAUAUUACAAAGUGCAACAUAGUUAUUAAUCUAAAUUGCACCAAGUGCAAGUCAAUUUUUUAGUGGGUAAUCUUCUGAAUAAAACAUACAAUAAUU